CCAUAGCAACUAAAACAAACAAAAACCUGACACAGGUCGUGUGACAUCAUCAUGUCAUCGGUGUUCUCAUCGAUGAUGUCAUAAAGGUUCAAGGAUUAUUAUUAUCAUUUGGAAUACAAGAAUUCUCAGUUUGCUUUUCAACGCUGUUGGAGGUACAACACUUUGAUAGAGAGACGAUUUCGGACAGUGAUUUUAGAAACCCUUUCAACUACAGUCAAAAUGAUUUUUACUAUCGGUUGGGGCCUUGGGUAUCUUGUUACGAAGGGAGUAGAAAAGUUGCUGGGAUAUCGGAUUAACGAUGAAGACCUUUCAGCAGAGAGAUCAACUGACGAAAGUCCAGAACACUUUGAUUUUGACGUCGUCGCCGAAGACGAUGUAAAACACAAGGAUGUUUCAAAGGAGAGCACAUCUGAAGAUGGACGAUACAAGAAUUUUAAACUUGAAGAUUUCUUUGUAGAAUGUGUAAAACACAAGGAUGUUUCUGCAGAGAGCUCAUCUGAAGACAAACAACAUAAUUACUCUGGAUUUGAAGAUUUCGCUGAAGACGAUGAAAAACACAGUGAUGUUUCUUCAGAAAGCUCAUCUGAAGAUGGAAGAUUUGAGUCCUCUGGUUCUGACAUCGUCCCUGAAGACGAUGUAAAACACACUGAUGUUUCUGCAGAGAGCUCAUCUGAAGAUAAACAACAUAAUUACUUUGAAUUUGAAGAUUUCGUUGAACACGAUGAAAAACACAGUGAUGUUUCUUCAGAGAGCUCAUCUGAAGAUGAAAGAUUUGAGUCCUCAGGUUCUGACAGUGUCUCCGAAGACGAAGUAGAACACAGUGACGUUUCUUCAGAGAGCUCAUCUGAAGAUGAAAGAUUUGAGUCCUCUGGUUCUGACAGUGUCUCCGAAGACGAAGUAGAACACAGUGACGUUUCUUCAGAAAGCUCAUCUGAAGAUGAAAGAUUUGAGUCCUCUGAUUCUGACACUCUCUCCGAAGACGAUGUAGAACACAGUGACGUUUCUUCAGAAAGCUCAUCUGAAGAUGAAAGAUUUGAGCAGCACCCAGCAGGGUGGGCGGAGACACAGGAAGGAGCCGAAUGUGGGUUCGACGGGCAACGUCGGUGCUGGGGCCGGGCCACUGGAGGCUGGUCCGGAGGUCGACGUCGGUACAGAGGCCAGGCUGCGGGAGGCGGGUCCGCCAGGCAAAGUUGGCGCAGGGACCGGGCCACAGGAGGCGGCGACAAGGAGUCUCUGGGAGAAUCUGGAGGAGCACUAGGAGGCUGGUUCUCGGGAGGAGGACUAGGGGGCGACGAGGAAACAUUGGAAACACUAGGGAGCUCGGAGGAGACGCUAGGGAGCUUGGAGGGAAAGCCAGGGAGCUUGGAGGGAAAGCCAGGGAGCUUGGAGGGAAAGGCAGGGAGCUUGGAGGGGACGCUAGGGAGCUUGGAGGGAAAGCCAGGGAGCUUGGAGGGGACGCUAGGGAGCUUGGAGGGAACACUAGGGAGCUCGGAGGAGACGCUAGGGAUCUCGGAGGGAAAGCUAGGGAGCUUGGAGGGAAAGCUAGGGAGCUUGGAGGGAAAGCCAGGGAGCUUGGAGGGGACGCUAGGAAACUCGGAGGAACUAGGAAGCUCUUUAGGGGCCAAGAACCCACUAACAGGGCCCGAAGGCUCACUUACGGGGAACAGGCCACGCCAUCAGCCGCGCCCCCUGGCUGGCGCCCCCUGGCUGGCGACCGCCUGGAAACCCAUCAUCAUGGGGACCAGAGCGAAGGCGAUAGUGUGCUCUCUUCGCCGAGGGGCUGGAGAAGGCUUAGGAGCGACGGCUGCUGGGGGCGUGGGAGCGGCAGCCACAGCGGUGACGACCGGAGGUGUGGAGGACGCAGGGGCUGGAGGCACGGAGACAGCAACGGCUGAAGGUAUGGCGGGUGCAGGAGAAACAGUCUCUGGAGCUGCAGGAGAGGGGGCUGCUGCAGGCUCUGGCCGCGGAGGCGCUGCUGCGGGCUCUGGAGGUGCUGGUUCCGGAGACGCUGGGUCUGGGCUGGCAGAGAGACUCUGCGGCUUGGGAGGCAGAGUGUUGCCUUUCAGAACGGCAACCGCCGUCAGGCGCUCCCACUCUGCCUCCUGCUGCAACUCUGCCAGCCCCAGGUGCAGAAGUCGCAGGAUCCAGUAGUUCAGCAUAAGGACCAUGCAUGUGGCAAUGACCAGGCGCUGACGGGCGGAAUAAGGCUGGUGGAGUUAAAUACACAGAGGGUAAUCAAGGAAACGAGACACACCAGGGAACAAUCAAGGGGAGGACAGGACAGCACAGGGACUCAGAACACAGAGAACUCAAAAUAAACAUAAAAAUCUCAAAUCCCGACAGAAGGUAAGGUAAAGUUGAGAGAAAGCUGGCUACAAUGGUGCACACGAGAAAGUUUUUUUUCUUCUAUGUUCCUUUUUUUGGAUUCAUUAUAGCAGUGGUCCCCAAUCUUUAACGUAAAAGCGGCCCGGUCAAGACUUCGAAAAUUUGCUGCGGACCGGGGGUUGGGGCGUGGUUUGCGCACCGAGACGGAAGUAUUUAAUUAUUUCUUCCGCGGCCCAGUACCAAUUGGUCCACGGACCGGUACCGGUCCGCGGCCCGGGGGUUGGGGACCACUGCAAUAUAGUAUUGCUUCUUACAAAAGGUUUGAGAGUCACUCUCAGUCCUUGUAAAAGUUUAUCUGAAAACUCUAAAGUUUUAGAUAAACUUUAGAGUUUUGUAUUUUUCUUGCAGGGAGCGACCAUAAAUCAACACAAGAAAUAGGUAAUACAGGUCUGCUACUUCCUCUACAUCAAUACAGGUGGUACAUUUCAAGCAAGAACCUGAUUAACCCAAAGUGAGGCUGGAAUAAACUCACAGUGAAACUACAGAUGCUGGUUUGUUUUACUGGAAUAGUUAAAUAUUGUAUAUGAACAGUGCCAGCUUAGAUGUGAAUGAUGUGAGCCGCUUACCGAAUAAAAGACUUCACACUGUUUUCGGUUAGGAACGAUUUUAAGGGUUAGAAUAUUUGCUCUUAACACGGGUGACUGUCGCUGGCAGAUGCAUCCUCCUUCAUCAAAACAAAAAAUAACUCAGUUUAUGUAAUAAACUCUAAACUCAGCAGACGGUCCUUGCUGCAAGCUGAUGCUUAUGAUAUAUUCCCUGAUAGAAAUACUUUUAGAUGCAUCAGUCAAAUACAAACUUUUGCAUCUUAUUUCCAUCAGCUCCCAAAAAAGAAUAAGACAUGUGGCACUGUGUCUUAUUCUUUUUGUUUUGUUAUUGUGUCAAGAGAUGCAAAUACUGUGUGUUUUGCAGAAGGGGUUGCAUGAAUAAAGGCCGUCAUUCACUCCUCUGUUCUUCCUGUUUCAGAGUUAUUACUUUUUGCUUACAUUUUAAUAUCCAUCCUUCUUACAUGUUUAUUCCUGUUGGGGUCAUGAGGGGUGCUGGUGCCUUUCUCCAGUGGUCAACGGGUGAGAGGUGGGGUUCACCCUGGACAGGUCGCCCGGUACCAAUUGGCCCGGGGGUUGGGGACUACUGGUCUAGAGACUCUCAUGCUUCAUCACGCAUAUAGUGGAGGAGUCCAGUAAGUUGCCGACGCUCUCCGGAGAACUCUCCAAAAGUCUGCAGAAACCAUUUGACGUUGGAAUCCGAUUGGAUAGGUGACACAAGCCAAAACCGUUCCUCGCAAUUUAGCUUUCCAGUAAGGUCACUGAGGAGGUGGGGGUAGGAAACAAUGUGCAGGAGUCCAGAAACGCACAAUUCAUUGAACUCUCAAGAACUGAGACUUUAUUAAAUCUGACUCAUCAAAACCGUUUAGGUUUAAGCUGUAAUUCAGACACUCCAUCUUGUUUACAGGCUUAAGCUCCAUAUGAGCAACGU